AAGGACAAAAACCUCAUAAUAAAUCCUCAACCCCUAUGGAGACCAGAAACUAGAGUGAGAGAGAGAGUGAUACUGAGAAAAAGGCAAAACAAACACCAUCUUUGUCCACCUGCUCAGAUAGAUAAAGAGAACGAUGGACGAGAGACCCGAGACAGAGCUAAUAUCAAUACCUGCAACGCCCCGAGUCUCCACUCCAGAGAUUCUAACUCCGUCCGGUCAAAGAUCUCCUCGUCCCGCCACUAAAUCCUCGUCGGCGGCAUGGACUCCUACUUCCUUUAUAUCGCCGAGGUUCUUGAGUCCCAUUGGAACUCCUAUGAAACGUGUUCUUGUCAACAUGAAAGGAUAUCUAGAGGAAGUAGGUCAUCUCACUAAGCUCAACCCACAAGACGCUUGGCUUCCUAUCACUGAGUCUCGUAACGGAAACGCUCACUAUGCCGCGUUUCAUAACCUAAACGCUGGUGUUGGGUUUCAAGCUCUCGUUCUCCCCGUCGCGUUUGCGUUUCUUGGCUGGAGUUGGGGAAUUCUAUCACUGACAAUAGCCUAUAUUUGGCAACUCUACACACUGUGGAUUCUAGUUCAGUUACACGAAGCCGUCCCGGGGAAACGUUAUAAUCGAUAUGUUGAGCUUGCACAAGCUGCGUUUGGAGAAAGAUUGGGAGUUUGGCUUGCAUUGUUUCCUACUGUUUACUUAUCAGCAGGAACCGCGACAGCUCUGAUUUUGAUAGGUGGAGAGACAAUGAAACUCUUCUUCCAAAUAGUCUGUGGUCCAUUAUGCGCCUCGAACCCUUUAACAACAGUUGAAUGGUAUCUGGUGUUUACUUCUCUAUGCAUCGUUCUGUCUCAACUUCCAAACCUCAAUUCCAUCGCGGGACUCUCCUUAAUAGGAGCAGUGACUGCGAUAACUUACUCUACAAUGGUUUGGGUUCUCUCUGUUAGUCAACCAAGACCAGCCACUAUUUCCUACGAGCCACUUUCUAUGCCUUCGCUUUCUGGUUCGGUUUUUUCUGUGUUGAAUGCUCUUGGUAUUGUAGCUUUUGCCUUCAGAGGUCACAACUUGGUUCUUGAAAUUCAGUCGACGAUGCCAUCGACGUUUAAGCAUCCAGCUCAUGUACCAAUGUGGAGAGGAGCCAAAGUUUCUUACUUCUUCAUUGCUCUGUGUAUCUUUCCAAUCUCCAUCGGAGGUUUUUGGGCUUAUGGGAACCUUAUGCCUUCAGGAGGUAUGCUCGCUGCUCUUUAUGAAUUCCACAUUCACGACAUUCCUCGAGGUUUAUUGGCGAUGGCAUUUCUCCUAGUAGUCUUCAGCUGCCUGAGCAGCUUUCAGAUAUACUCAAUGCCCGCCUUUGACAGCUUUGAGGCUGGCUACACAAGCCGAACCAACAAGCCAUGUUCAAUCUGGGUCAGAUCAGGUUUUAGAGUCUUUUUUGGCUUUGUCUCCUUUUUCAUCGGCGUUGCACUCCCUUUCCUGUCUAGUCUCGCUGGUUUGCUCGGUGGACUCACCCUUCCGGUCACGUUUGCUUAUCCUUGCUUCAUGUGGGUUUUGAUCAAGAAACCGACCAAGUACAGUUUCAAUUGGUAUUUCCAUUGGGGAUUGGGUUGGUUAGGAGUUGCAUUCAGCUUGGCAUUCUCCAUAGGUGGGAUAUGGAGCAUGGUUACUCAAGGACUUAAGCUUAAGUUCUUCAGUCCUAACUGAGUAAUAUCUCAUGUUAAGAAGUCGGUGGGUUUUGCUUGGUUGAUAAGUUUCAAGUUGAGAAUUUUCUAUUGUCUGUGUUUUGUGUAAGAGUGCUUUUGACUUUUGUUUUGAAUUGGACCGUUCUAAUGUGUAAUAUAUUCAGUAAGCGUUUUUCAAUAUGAAGAA